GCACAGCUUCAACAUGUGAAUCUAGUUCGAGUUGUUGGAAUUUGUACCGAGAGAGAAGAAAAAAUGCUGAUUUAUGAGUUCAUGCCAAACAAAAGCUUGGAUUUCUACCUCUAUGAUCCUGUCAAAAAGCAUCUCUUAGAUUGGAGAAAACGUAUUUCAAUAAUUGAAAGUGUUGCUCAAGGGAUUCUAUAUCUCCAAGAAUACUCAAAUUUCACAAUAAUUCAUCAUGAUAUAAAGGCUAGCAACAUUUUAUUAGAUGAUGAUAUGAACCCAAAAAUAUCGGAUUUUGGUAUGGCAAGAUUUUUCAAAAAGGACGAACUUGAAGCAAACACCAGCAGAAUUGUUGGGACAUAUGGCUAUGUUCCUCCAGAAUAUGUUAAGAAAGGAAUAUACUCUAUGAAGUAUGAUGUUUAUAGUUUUGGAGUUCUACUUCUGCAAAUUGUAAGUGGGAAGAGGAAUUCCAGUCUCUAUGGCCGCAAUGAAUACUUGAAUCUUCUUGAAUAUUCGUACGAAUUGUGGAAACAAGGUCGAGGGGCUGAGUUUUUUGAUGCUUCACUGGAUGAUUCAUCUUUGUCUUGUAAGCUCAUUAGAUGCAUGCAAGUAGCACUGCUAUGCGUGCAGGAAAACCCUGCAGAUAGACCAUCCAUGGUGGAAGUUUUUAGACUCCUGAAGAAUGAAACUACUGCAGCAAUCUCUACCCCUAAGCAGCCUGCAUUUUCAGUUACAAGAGAUGAAGAGGAGGAAAGUAAAGACAUUGGCAAGAAGAAAGUUCUUUCAGUCAAUGAUGCAACGAUGACCCAAGUGGUACCUCGAUGAUUGACAGUAUAGGCAUGCAUUUGGGAAACAUAAUGUAGAAGAAUUAUGGUUUACCAUUCUUUUUAUCAUGCAAACGUGUAAAGAUAUUAAUGAAUCUAUGACUUUCUUGGGAAUUUUUUAAACACAAUAAGCUAUGUAUAGCUUUCUUGGAAAAUUGGAUGGCUUGGAGGGAUCGAUUGAAUUUCAAGGAAAGAAAUUGAAUAACUGCAUGGCUAAUUAAUUAUUUGGAUGCAUAAAACUAGUGUUUAUAUAUAUUUGGUUAUGGCAAAAACAUUCAAAUUAAUGUUAAAAAGUGUAUUGCACACUAAAUUCUUUCUGUUUUAAGCUACCUACAAAGGGUCUAAAACCCAGACCACG